GGAAGCGGGCGGUGCUGCGGCUGACGGGAAAAUGUCAGCUGCUUGAUUGGGGUCGGAUUUUCCUUUCCCCGGAACCCGCAGGCCUUCAGGUGACCGCCACCGCCGUCGCCAGGGAGCGUGGGUCCCAGACCCUGGACGGCUGUGGCGGACGCGGGGUUUCCCGGUCCUUCUGGACGCUGUCCGGCGAGAGCGGACGGUGAGCCUGAGGGGGAGAGCGUGAGGCACUUUGGAGUCUGGGGCGGAGCGGGGGCGGAGAGAGAGGGACCCCGGAGACCCAGACAGGCCGCCGCCGCGGGGCCCACGUCCCCGGCCGCGGAGUGGAGGCGGUGACCCGCUCCGCCGGCCAGGUGAGAGGUUGCGGCCGCGGGCGUCACACCUGCUUGCCCCGCUGCCCGGAGCUGCGUUCUUCACCGGGAAGAGGGCGGCCCUUAGCACUAGGUCUGUGGACAGGAUCCUUUCUUCAUCUGUAAACUAGGCACUGUGGCAAGCGACGCUCAUUUCACAGGCUUGGAGUCGGGGUCAAACCGGAUAACGCGUGUGAAAGCGCUUUGUAGACGAAAGUGCGGUUCAGACGAGAGGCGGCGGUUUAAUUUUAGGGCAGCAGGAGAUCACGGUGGUUCCUGUGUGCAGUGGCAACGCUGAACAUCCCCUUGCAGCCUCGAGAAGGCUCAUACAUGCUAACAUGAGAACAAAUAAGUUUACAGAUAUGAUCCAGGCCUCUAUGUGAAUUACUUUGGUUAAUCAGAGCAAGCAUUGAAUAAUGAGUGGUGCAGCUUUGGGACUUGAGAUUGUUUUUGUCUUUUUUCUGGCAUUAUUCCUACUUCAUCGAUAUGGAGACUUUAAGAAACAACAUAGACUUGUAAUUGUUGGAACACUGCUAGCUUGGUAUCUCUGCUUUCUAAUUGUCUUCAUACUGCCUCUGGAUGUUAGUACGACAAUAUACAACCGGUGCAAACAUGCUGCUGCAAACUCGAGCCCUACUGAGAGUAGCAACAUUACAGGAUUGUAUGCAGCUGCUACCCCGGUUCCAAGCCAACAUCCGUGUUUCAAGCCAUGGAGUUAUAUUCCUGAUGGAAUCAUGCCAAUUUUCUGGAGGGUAGUAUAUUGGACAUCACAAUUUUUAACAUGGAUUCUGUUACCUUUUAUGCAGUCAUAUGCAAGAUCGGGAGGGUUUUCCAUUACUGGAAAGAUCAAAACUGCACUGAUUGAGAAUGCAAUCUAUUAUGGCACCUACUUGCUGAUUUUUGGAGCGUUUUUAAUUUAUGUAGCUGUAAACCCACACUUGCACUUAGAAUGGAAUCAGCUUCAGACAAUUGGGAUAGCUGCUGCAAAUACAUGGGGUCUUUUUCUUCUGGUGUUGUUGUUGGGGUAUGGCUUGGUAGAAAUCCCUCGGUCAUACUGGAAUGGAGCAAAAAGAGGUUAUCUACUUAUGAAAACUUAUUUUAAGGCAGCUAAAUUGAUGACGGAGAAAGCAGAUGCAGAAGAGACUUUAGAAGAUGUCAUGGAGGAAGUUCGUAAAGUGAACGAGAGCAUCAAGUAUAACCACCCACUGAGAAAAUGUGUUGACACAAUACUUAAAAAGUGCCCUAUAGAGUAUCAGGAAAAAAUGGGUAGGAACAUGGAUGAUUAUGAAGAUUUUGAUGAAAAACAUAAUACCUAUCCAAGUGAAAAGAGUCUGGUAAAACUACAUAAACAGGUGAUUUAUUCAGUUCAGAGACACCGUCGAACUCAAGUACAAUGGCAGAUUCUUUUGGAACAAGCAUUUUACCUAGAAGAUGUAGCAAAAAAUGAAACUAGUGCUACUUGUCAGUUUGUUCAUACCUUUCAAUCGCCGGAGCCAGAAAAUAGAUUUAUUCAAUAUUUUUAUAAUCCUACAGUUGAGUGGUACUGGGAAUGUCUUUUGCGACCGUGGUUUUAUAGGGUACUUGCUGUGGUGUUGUCCAUCUUCUCCGUGAUUGUUGUGUGGUCAGAGUGCACAUUCUUUAGCACUACACCUGUCUUAUCCCUCUUUGCAGUCUUCAUACAGCUGGCCGAAAAAACAUACAAUUACAUUUAUAUCGAGAUUGCUUGCUUCCUCUCCAUCUUCUUCCUCAGUAUCUGUGUUUAUUCUACUGUGUUCAGGAUUCGUGUAUUUAACUAUUAUUACCUGGCUUCACAUCACCAGACUGAUGCUUACAGCCUUCUUUUCAGUGGCAUGUUAUUUUGCCGUUUGACUCCUCCUUUAUGUCUUAAUUUCUUGGGUUUGACCCAUAUGGAUUCAUCCAUCUCUCACCAGAAUACACAGCCAACUGCUUAUACAUCUAUUAUGGGUUCCAUGAAAGUUUUAUCCUUUAUUGCAGAUGGGUUCUAUAUAUAUUAUCCUAUGUUGGUGGUAAUUCUCUGCAUUGCUACUUAUUUUAGCUUGGGAACUCGUUGUUUGAAUCUACUUGGUUUCCAGCAGUUCAUGGGAGAUAAUGAUAUGACAUCAGACUUAGUUGAUGAAGGAAAAGAAUUAAUCAGACGAGAGAAGAGAAAAAGGCAACGGCAAGAAGAAGGUGAAAAUCGACGAAGAGAAUGGAAAGAACGUUAUGGACACAGUAGAGAAGAUUCCACUAGAAACAGAAAUGUUCAUAUUGACCCAAAAGAAUCAAACUUCUCAGAUAUUAGUACCAAUCGAUCAUCCAAAUAUACCAGGGCUAAUAAUAGGACUGAAAGGGACCGAAUAGAACUCCUCCAAGAUGCAGAACCUUUGGAUUUUAAUGCAGAAACAUUCACUGAUGAUCCUCUUGAAUCUGAAUCAGGAAGGUAUCAGCCUGGUGGACGAUACCUCUCAAUGUCUCGCAGCAGAAUAUUUGAUGAUGUUUAAAAUCUGUAAGAAUAUAUGGAAUAAUUAAUCAAGAUCAACACAUAAGUUCAGUCUUUAUGAACAUCUGUAUGCCCUAGAAUUUACACUGAACUCUCAGUGAAAAGUGUCAGGAUAAAAAAGGCACUAAAAAUUAAUGGGAUCUUAGUAAUAAUAGUUUAUUGUUCAUUGAAUAGAGUAUCAUCUUUUCUAAUAAGGUUUGUUACAUACCAUUCCUGAAGUGUUUGCCUUAGAAGUACAGUUACAGUGGAAGGAUUUAAUUCAUGAUUAAGAUCAGUAUAUGUUGAAAACACAUGUAGUUCAGUUUGUUUCAGAUUAAUUUUUUUCAGGAAAGUUGUUUCAAAGGUCCAAGGAAGCCAUAAGUUAUAAUUGAAUAAUAUUAUACAGUUUUAUUAUUGUGAUUUACAUAUUUGCUGUUUCUAAAGAGUAUGUUGAUCCUUUAUUUCUCAGAGAGAUGGACACCUCAAUAACAACCAUAUUUACAAAACCCAUGUCUUAAAACACGGCUUACUUACCAGACAUAACUGAAUGUAGAAAGCUCUUUUUCAAUGCUGUAUGCAAAUUAGUUAGGUUUUUGCAUGUAUAAUUAAGAUUAUCCUUCAACUGGUAGUGUUUGUAUCUUCAGCAUGUGUACUAUAAUCAGGUGAUGUAUUUCAGUCUUUGGUGGUAACUGGAAAUUGUCUUAUGCUUUUGGUAUUGCUUUGUAAAACAUUUUCAUUUCAGAGAGAGGUGUUCACCUUUGUCAUUUAGCAUAUUGAUUUGAAUUGAUUAUUCCAUUCAAGGAGAAUCGUAAUUAUUAAUGGUAAAUAGUGGGGUUUUUUAAUAACCAAAGAGUCCCACAAAAUUCUCUGCUUUUGAAAGGUGCCUGUUUAUUCCUUUUGAAAAACAAUAUCUGGUUAUUCAAAGGUAAAAAGUCAAUCCAUUUACUGUUAUUACUAACAGUUAAAUUAUGGUUUAUAGAAAACAGAAAACUAGUUUAGAAUGGAGGUGUGUAGUAACUUGUUGGUUAAACAUGUUAUUAUUUAAAAUUGAAUUUUUUAAACUUUGUGUUUAAGCCAAAGUUAG